CGAGGCAGCGCUGUCUUCUUCCGUGUGGCGGUGUUUCGUGGAGUGUUGUUUUGAUAUUGAGGUCCAUGUCCACUGAAGUGGCGUCGGGGAUGGAUAUCGACGGCGAGGACGGUCGUGAUGUGUUGACGACGGCGGAGAAGAUGGUCGUCGCUGCCGCCGUCAAUGUCGUCCUCUUCCGUUGCCAAAUGGAAAGCAGCGAGGGGAAGUUGAAAGCGGUUGUUCGUGCACGGCACAAGCUGACGGCGCUGCCGACGACUGGCGAUGGCUUCGACAUUGGUGCCAUUUCGGACGCCAUCCUGCAGGUGUGCUACGCAAUGGGGUGCGGCGCAUUUCCACAGGCGACUCCAAGGUGGUGGAUGAAGCGACGGACCGGGGAUUCGUGGGAGGAUCUGCGACAAUGUGAUGAUGCCACAGUAGCUUACUUAAAGGAGAAGCUGCGAAUGUCGCCACGUGUUUUCCGCGAGAUCGCGGAAACUCUUUCUCCAUACCUGCAACGUCGUGUGUCGUUCUACAGGGUGCCGUUACAGCCAGACCAAAUCGUCGUGUACGCUCUGUCUUCCGGCUUGACGGCGGUGUGGGACGUGACUGCUACGUUGCUGAGCGCGUACCCCAACAAGAUAUCCUGGCCCACUGGUUUGCAAAAGGCGGUCAUCUUGCGCGCGUUCAUCGAAAAGGGUUUUCCGAACUACCAUGGGUGCAUCGACUGCACCCACAUCUACAUCGACAAGCCCACCAAUGCCAACGGUGAGGACUACUACGACAGGAAACGUCGAUCCUCCGUCCAUGCGCAAGUGGUCGUCGAUAUGAACUUGUGCGUGCUGGAUGUGUUCGUUGAUUAUCCGGGAAGUUGCCACAACGUGAGGAUCAUCCACCUGUCGAGUUUAUGGGCGCUCACAGAGGCAGGGGAACUUUUCACUGGGCCACUUGUCAUGCUGCCUUUUGGUGUGCGGACGAACGGGUACUUGCUGGACGACAAUGGUUAUCCCCCCUCCGAGUGGAUAGUCGUCCCAUACGGCGGUCUCGCGCAACGCCCGUAUGAGGCACGCUUCGGCAACAAACAGAAGACGAUGAGGGGAGCAGUAGAGAGGGCGUUUGGCAGACCGAAGGGGAUGUGGAGGUUGUUCCUCCGCAACCACAAGUGCAACAUAGACACCUUGGCGCAGCAAUUUGUCGCCGCCUGCAUCCUGCACAACAUAUUGAUCGACGCAGGCAUCCCGUUUGACGACAAUCUGCUGUGGGAGGUGGGUACGGACGGCGUGCGUCGUAGAGUUGAUCUUAGGAUACAUCAGCGAUUGAGGCCGGUGUGCAUGGAGUCAUCAACGGGGGAUGCGCUAAUCUUGAGGGAUGAGCUGGCGGAGCGAAUGAUUGUGCAGUGAGGAUGGCCAUGCUUGCAUAUCGAGACCCCGCAAUCACCCACAUGUGGCGGAAGAACGGAGCAGACCGAAGCGGGGAGGCACCGAAGAGC